GUCACAUGACAAAAGUCCUAUAAGAUCGUCAAAACAAAGUGUGCUCAGGAAAUGCAACUAUGACAGAAUCAUACAGACUGUGGACAGAGUGAACAACGUUAAGCUGACGGUCCAGUGUGAAUGUUUUUAGCUUCAACAGCGGGACAUGUUAGAGUUUCUGUCAGGAGCCUCUGAGGUAAAAUGGCGUUGUUAUUUCCAUCAUGUGCACCUUUGGCGCUGGUUGUCCUCACAGCAGUAGUGACUGUCUCUACAGGAAACAAUGAAUGUGUUGCCAGAAACUUUGGCCAUGACUCGGUGGUGUGUGAGUGUAACUCAACACACUGUGACAGUGUCGGCUCCGUCUCCUUGCCUCCACCGGGCCAGUUCUUGUCGUACCUGACCAGCAUGGCGGGCAGCAGGCUGGAGGCAGGACGGGCUCAGGUCCAGCUCAACAGCACCGGGGCUGGCCUGCGGUUGACAAUCGUUCCCUACCAGAAGUACCAGAAGAUCCGGGGGUUCGGUGGAGCGAUGACAGACGCAGCAGCCAUCAACAUCCUGUCUCUGUCUGCUGGAGCUCAGGACCAGCUGCUGCGACAGUACUUCUCUCCCGAAGGUAUCGGCUACAGCGUGGUACGAGUCCCGAUGGCCAGCUGUGACUUCUCCACCCGUCUGUACACAUACGCUGACACACCCGGAGACUACAACCUGGACAAUUUCACACUGGCACCUGAGGACAUCAACAUGAAGAUCCCUCUCCUGCAGCGUGCUCAGGCCUUGUCUCCUCGCCCCCUGUCUCUGCUGGCCAGCGCCUGGAGCGCCCCCGCCUGGAUGAAGACUAACGGUGCUCUCAUAGGGAAAGGCUCCCUGAAGGGCCAGCCUGGAGGCAAGGAGCACAAAACCUGGGCUCAAUACUAUAUCAGGUUCCUUGAUGAAUACGCUAAAUAUAACUUGACCUUCUGGGCUUUGACCACAGGGAAUGAGCCCUCUGCAGGACACAUGACAAACUACAGUUUCCAGGCUCUUGGCUUCACUCCUGAGGAGCAGAGGGACUGGGUGGCUCUGGACCUGGGCCCUGCCCUGCACGCUUCUUCACACCCACGCACACACGUCCUCAUCCUGGAUGACAACCGCCUGCUGCUGCCUCACUGGGCUAAAGUGGUCCUGAAUGACAUUCACGCAGGAAAGUACAUUCAUGGCGUUGCAGUUCACUGGUACUUGGACAGCAUUGUCCCAGCAGAGCUGAGCCUGGGAGUCACCCAUCAUCUGUACCCAGAGUAUUACCUAUUUGGCACAGAGGCCUGCUCUGGAUGGAGCCCGCUCGACAGAGGGGUGAAGCUGGGCAGCUGGGACAGGGCUGAGCAGUACGCACAUGACAUCAUCCAGGACUUGAAUCAUUAUGUGGUGGGAUGGACUGACUGGAACCUGGCGUUGGACCAGACUGGUGGGCCAAAUUGGGUUAAAAACUUUGUGGACAGCCCUGUUAUAGUGGAUGCACGACGUGAUGUCUUCUACAAGCAGCCGCACUUCUACAGCAUGGCUCACUUCAGUAAGUUCCUGUUGGAAGGGUCUCAGAGAGUCGGUGUGUCUGCCAGUCAGAAAACAGACCUGGAAUAUUCUGCCUUCAUCAGACCAGAUGGCUCAGUCGUGCUCAUCAUACUCAACAGGUCAUCAUCAGUGAUCCAGUUUGAAGUCUGGGAUCCCGCUGUGGGCUACAUCUCCUCCACCGCUCCGGCUCAUUCAUUGCUCACACUUGCUUGGAACACACACUGAUGCAUUAGUUCCAUCUCAGCCACUCUACAAAUAUGUCCGUGCACACUUUUAAAUGCCACAAGAAGUAAGCAUUUCAUGUUGGAGCCUCCUCAUUGCCAAAGUGGUUACUUUGAGUGCUUUGUUGGUAUCCAGCCACUCAAUCGCACAUUUUCUAAUUAACUUAAACUAAGUUUUUUUCUUUGAUCUUCUGUGCUUUUCUGCACAGCUUUAGUGAUUUCAGUGGUCACUUAAAUUAACCUCAGCAAACAAGAAUAACCUCAACUCAUUUGAUUUUUAUUUUAAAAGCUUAAAUAUUUUUUAUGCACAGAUUCCUAUCAGGAAUCCUACCUGAGAGUAAUGACUAUCUGUUCACCAGAAAAGAGCUGCAACUAACAAUUUUUUUCAUUAUCGAUUAAUCUUCAGAUUAUUUGAUCGAUAAUGAAUAUGGUAAAAAAAAAAGAUCAUCCAAUCAUUCAAAGUCCAAGGUGUUGUCUUUAAAUGUUAUUUUCAAUUUAAAACCCAAAUGGAGAAGCAGAAAAAGAGAAAAGCAGAAAAUCUCCAUAUUUGAAGCUGAAAACAGCAUUUGCCAUUUCAGCAUGAAGAAUUACUUGAAUGAUUAAUCAAUUAUCGAAGUAAUCAACAAUUAUUUUCGCCAGCCAACUAAUCAAUAAGACGUUGCAGCAUAACUGGUGCCUUGAUUUCUAGCAAUUAAAAUGCUUGAAGUGUUCUCAUCACUCAUCUCUGGGGAAAAAAAGAUAUAAAUAAUGUACAGAAAUUGUAAAUGCUUUGUGCUGUUGCUAUUUAAUUUUACAUUAAAGUGCAUUUUAAAAUA